AAUGGUUAGGAGCAUUUUAAAGUUAGCGCUACAUCAUCACCUUUAAUGAUAAAUGUCGCAUGUCAUAAAAACAGUCCGGAUUGUCUCCUGGUUUUGACUGUUGUGUCCGCUGCAGAAAUAGUAAGUUUUCAUUGUGUGGCAGUAGUGAGCUGACGUCAGGUCGGUUCCUUGAAGUGGGGCUGAAUAAACCUUGAGAAGAGUCUCCUUCAAUCUACUGUGAGUAACUAACACACAACCUCACACACCGACACUCAAUUACUACUGCCCAAUUCUCUUCUAUAUCACUCGCCCACGACCUCUUCCGUAGCCGAAACCGACCAACAAGGAAAAAAGAGACGACAAGACCGAGCCAGAAGUAUUCGCAGAAGUCAAAAACCCACGUUGGACAUAAGUAAAGUGACUAAAACAAGGUGUUACUGCAGUGAUGUCAAAGAGCUGAAGACAUCUCGAACAAUAUGGAGUCCGGAGAGCGGCUGGCCUCUCCUGUGCCCACCCUGUCUGCGGCGCGCACCUCCUCUCCCGCGGCUUCCUCCUCCUCCUCCUCCUCUUCGUCACCCGCGCCACACUCAAAGAGCAGCCUGGCCCCGAGCCCUUCUGGACUGGCAUCCACCCUUAGUAACUCUGCCCGGUUGUUCGGGACAGCGGGAGAACAGCCUUUCAUUGGCUCCACAUUGUCAAGUGCCUUUCCUUUGGUCAACCACCCAGCCUUCGGAGCGCUGUACACUGCCGGAGCGGGACGGCCCGAGUUUGGAGGCCUGGGGUCCCUGGGCAUGUCCGCUGCUCUGGCCGCUCACCCCCAGCUAGGAGCCCUCUCUGAGUGGUGGAGAGCUGCCGAGGCCCAUGGACGGGGAGCCGCUGCCUUUCUCCCGUCUUUCAUCGGGUUCCCUCCGUUUUUUACUCCUCACAUGCAGCCCAACCACAGCGCGAGUCCAGUCCAGAUGAGGCUGCCCAGCAAAAACAGCCACUCCCCACCUAAAGGAAUGAAUGGGGCAGUUAAUGGUAGUGUGGUCUGUCCUCCAUCCACACAAUCUGGGCGCUUUUCCCCAAGUUCUGCUCCAGUUCAGACUUCUGCCAAAUCAACAAAACAUCCAGAGCCCUCCAAUAGUCAACGUAGCAGCCCCUCCAACAAGCCAGCAGCAUCGGUAGAGAAGACACAUAAAACUAAAGAGAAGAAGUCACGAAAGAAGCCAGCAGACGGCUCCACAGCCAGCCACAGUGAAUCGGGCUCCUCUUCCGACAUUUCAACUGAUGGGUCUCUCAGCAGCGACCUGGAGGAUCUGCCUGAGGAUGAUGAAGAUGAUGAUGAUGAGGAAGAGGAUGAAGAGGACGAGGACAAACCCAAUGAACCUUUGGAUUCAGACAAACGGGCCAAGAAGAAAUCAAAAGUUUUAAUACAGAACAAUGUGAAGGCAGACAGACCCCUCUCUGUAGCAUCCACAGCAGAGACCCAGGCAAAGACAGAGCCCAAAACUCCAAAGGUCCCAUCCACCCCUCCAUCCCUGGUGCCCUUGUCCUGCUCAGUAUCGCCCCCUGCCCCAUCCCAAACCUCACCGCUGGCCCUGCACAACUCCAGGCCACGUACAGAGCAGCACUUCAGUGUGAUCCAGUCCACCGGUUUGGCUGCCAACUCAAAGCCCAUGGCACUGGUAACACACAGAGUGUCUUCACCUUCCUCAUCCCCCAUUGCUCUCACAACAUCCCCCAAAGCUCUUUCCCGUACGGUCUCCCCCAAACUUCUGCCCUCCUCGUCCCCACAGCACCUGCCCCUGUCCCUGUGCUCGUCCCCCAAACCCCUGUCUGUCCCCUCUCCCCCGCGCUCUGCCCUCCCGAUGUCUACCUCCCCCAAACCCUUCUCUUUGACCUCGCCUGUAACAAGCUCCCAGAAGCGGACGCUAAAGCCUCCUCAGCACGCGGCAGGAGGCAAGCCCAGCAAGAGGAAGCUGCUGGAGGCUUCACUGGCUCAAAUCAAUGAGUUCAGGCUCAAACAGACCCUCGGGUCCCAGGGGCAGUUGUUCCCAGCUGAGCUUAAAAAGCAAACGGGACCCAGGUCUCCCAAGAGGACUUCUCUGUCUCCACUGCCUCCCGUGCCUGCUCCCCAGAACAAUCACUCCAACCUGUUCCUUUCCAGUGCCCUGCUGGGGCUCCCCGAACCCCACCACCCCAACGGAGUCAUCCAAAGCACCACUCAGGACGCACCUUUGGCCCUCAUCACCAAACCACGCAAAGACUCUGCCCCCCAAGGCAAGUCGUCUCACUGCGACUCUGAUAGUGGGUCAAUGCCUGUCAAUCUGAGCACAGGGGCCAGCCGCACCCAGUCACAGCCCCCCACUACCUCACCCCAUUCCACAGGCCAUGGAUCCAGAAAGAACAAGAGCCUUCUGGUUAAGGGACACAGCUUGGGGCUGGGGCAGGCACAGGCGGAUGCUUUAACUGCAUGGAAAGGCCUCCCCCAAAACCACUUGGUCCAGUCUCUGGUGGAUUUGUUUCGAGGAGGAGAGUCUGGGAUUGGGAUUCCUGGGGUCAGUAUCCCAGGAGUGGGAAUACCGGGAGUGGGGCUCCCAGGAACAUGUAACCCCACAGCGGGACUCCCGGCCAAUAAGGAAUCAGACGACUCUGGAGACGAUGAUGAUGAUGAAGAUGAUGACCUGGAGGAAGAAGACGAGGAGGACUCUGACGACAGUCUGUCAGAGUCUGACAGUAACUCUGACAGUGACAUCUCUGGAAAGAAAGCAAAGGAGUUGAAGCUGCCGUCCGGAUCCAAAAAGGAGUCCUCGUCCCGCCGGCUAAACAAAGGCGCAGAAGUACUGAACACCUCAUCCAAUCACACAGCCACCAGCUGCUCCCCUCUUAACUUGCAGGUGAUCAAGAGCCCCAUCGUCUCCAGCUCCAGUGCCUUGGCCUAUCACAGCUCUCCAGGCUCCUCCUACAGCCUGGCGUCUCCAUUAGGUUUAGUCAAAAAGAAGCGAGUGAUGGAUGAAAAGGACUUGAUGCUGCCAUUGGAGUUGGGAUGGAGGAGAGAAACAAGAAUCAAAUCAGUGGCAGGACGUCCCCAGGGAGACGUGGCCUACUAUGGUCCUUGUGGGAAGAAGCUGAGGCAGUACCCAGAUGUGAUGAAGUAUCUAUCCAGAAAUGGAAUAAGUGGCCUCACGCGUGAUAAUUUUAGCUUCAGUGCAAAGAUAAGGGUUGGUGACUUCUAUGAAGCCAGAGAAGGACCCCAGGGAUUACAGUGGAGCCUGUUGAAGGAAGAUGAGGUCAUUCCUCGUAUCUUGGCGAUGGAAGGUCGGCGGGGACGACCUCCGAACUCUGAGCGUCAGUUAGGACCUGAUGGUGCCAAAGGUCCCAGACGAAGAAAGGGACGACCCCCAAAUGUGGGAGACCCCUUAGUACCAGAGGGGCCCAGUCCUAGUGAGGUCAAGCUUUUACGCAAAUUAGAGGCACAAGAAAUAGCCAGACAAGCUGCCCAGAUGAAACUGAUGAGAAAACUGGAAAAACAAGCACUGGCGCGUGCAGCCAAAGAGGCUCGGAAACAGCAAGCGAUCAUGGCAGCUGAAGAGAGGAGGAAGCAAAAAGAACAGAUCAAGAUCCUCAAGCAGCAGGAGAAGAUCAAGCGAAUUCAGCAGAUUCGAAUGGAGAAGGAACUCAGGGCGCAGCAGAUUUUGGAGGCAAAACGCAGGAAGAAAGAGGAAGCCGCCAAUGCCAAAAUAUUAGAAGCUGAGAAACGCAUAAAGGAGAAAGAGAUGAGGAGGCAGCAGGCAGAGAUCCUAAAACAUCAGGAGUUGGAGAGGCAUAGACUAGAUAUGGAAAGAGAGAGGAGGCGGCAACACGUAAUGCUGAUGAAAGCUGUAGAAGCUCGCAAGAAAGCAGAGGAGCGAGAGCGUGUGCGGCAGGAGAAAAGGGACGAGAAACGCUUGAACAAAGAGCGUAAACUGGAGCAGAGGAGGCUGGAGCAGGAGCUGGCCAGAGAACUGAAGAAGCCAAAUGAAGAUAUGUGUCUGUCUGACCAUAAGCCUCUGCCUGAAUUCUCACGUAUCCCUGGUCUGAUCCUACCUGGCUGCGCCGUGUCCGACUGCCUGAUGUUGAUGCAGUUUCUUAGGGGCUUUGGGAAGGUUUUGGGCCUGGACUUGAAUACAGAUGUCCCCACUUUGGGCAUGCUGCAGGAGGGUUUGCUCAACGUGGGCGACAGCAUGGGCCAAGUGCAGGACCUGCUUGUCAAAAUGCUGUCCCUGGCUGUCUGUGAUCCCGGUCUGCCGCCUGGGCAAAAGACUAAGACCAUGCUUGGUGACCAUCUGACUAACGUGGGCAUAAAUCGGGACAACGUGUCAGAGGUGCUGCAGAUGUACAUGGGAGCUCACUCUGCCAACACUGAACUGGCUCCUCUGGCCCUCAGCCUCAAGACCAAGGCCUUCCAAGCCCACACGCCCGAACAGAAGGCCUCCAUCCUGGGCUUCCUCGCCAAUGAACUGGCCUGUAGCAAAGCUGUCAUCAGUGAGAUAGACAAGAGUUUGGAUCAGAUGGCAAACAUGCGGAAAGACAAGAUCAUUAUGGAGGGGAAACUCAAGAAACUGCGGACAAUCUAUGCCAAACGCACUGGGAAGCGAGAGGCCAGUGUGGGUGUGGAGGAGACCCAGUCUGUCGGGACGCCAUCCUCUGCCACAAAACGAAAGAGGAAAAUGGCCGACAGUGACGAUGACGACGAUGAAGAUGAGGACAGUGAUGAUCAGCCGGAUGAGGAAGAUGAAGAGGAGGAGGAAGAGAUCAAGAAGGUCAAGAAGACUGAAGCCUAUGAUGAGGAUGAGGUUGACCAAGCUACUAGUAUUGAAGAGCUAGAAAAGCAGAUCGAAAAACUAGCCAAGCAACAUCACCAAAUCAGACGAAAGCUGUACGAGAUUUCUCACUCCCUCCGUGCCAUGAUGUACGGACAAGAUCGGUACCGCCGCAGAUACUGGGUCCUACCCCACUGCGGAGGCGUCUUCAUUGAGGGCAUGGAAAGCGGAGAAGGUUCAGAGGAGCUGGAGGAGGAGAGGCAGAGGCGUAAACGAGUCACAGAGGAGGUCAAAGUUAAAGAUGAACCACAAGAAAUUGAACUGCAGAAGAACAAACUGACAGAGAAUGACGCACAGAAAGAAGAAAUGAGUGAAGACAAGACAGACUCUCUGUAUUACCAGCAGUCAGGCGCUGUUGUCAAGGUGUGCUCACAGCGGGACAGUAAUAACCACCCUGGGACUGAAGCUGUGAAGGAGGAGGACAAAGAGAGCCUUCACCAGAAUGGCAGCCCAAUGGGACACUCUACCACAGUAACACCUACAUCACCCACACACAAUACCUCUGAGCCCUCUGUAGCAGAAAUCCCAUCUAUGACUACUAAUGACACUACAAACUCUCCUCUUCCAUCUUCCAAUGCUGGGUCUAUCCUGUGCGCACCUGCCUCGCGGGACACCUCGGAAAAUCCCCAUACCUCCUCCUCUCCCUCUCUUCAGAUCCCAUUUCAGACCAAUGAUCAGCUGCUGCGUGUGCUAACAGAGAGAAGUGGGCAUUGGUUUAGUCUGCUGCCUCGCUCACCCUGUGACCUGUCCUCUCUCACCACGUUGCCCCCCGGAGCAUCCCGAGUGUCUCCACAAGCGUUGUCCACUCCAGCUCGUCCCAAAUCUCCAUCACCCGCACUGCCCCUCACGCCAUCGGCUGCAUCUGCGUCUGCCAGCCCCCAUCACCCAGCCACGCUUCUCAGCUACCCCCUGUCCGCACUACAGUUGAAGCCGGGCUCUUCUCUUCUGGGCCUGCCUUUUGGGAGUUGGUCCAGUGGGGUGCUCAGUCCCAGCCUUCCCUUGAGCACCAGUCCAAUGCCCUCUCACUGUCUGGAGAACAACAUGGCCGCCAGUGUGUCCAGUAAGAGCGAGUCUCCUGUUCCCCGAAUAGAAAAGCCCACCUCCAUGCCCUCUCCUGCUCUGGAGCUGCCCAAGUCACCAGACCACCCCACACCGUGGCCUAUCCCAGAAGAGAUGCUGACGGGAUGGUGGCGGGUGUCCGACAUGGAGGAUCUCAAAGCCCUGGUGGAGGCACUGCACAGUCGGGGCAUCAGGGAGAAAGGGCUCCAGCGACAGAUACAGAAAUACAUUGAGAUCAUCCCUCAGGUCUGCACCAAGCACAGAGAUGCGGCCAUGAUAGAGCUGCGUGACCUGGAGGAGAGCCAGGUGAGCGAGGAGUCAGUGCGGGGCUGGUGUGUGGAGGAACAGGCUAUGGAAAUGGACAUCGCGGUGCUGCAGCAGGUGGAGGAGCUGGAGAGGAAAGUCACUGCAGCCAGUCUACAGGUCAAGGGUUGGACGUAUCCUGACCCCCAAUCGGAGCGUGAGGACCUGGUGUACUACGAACACAAACCUCUGACCAAACCCACAGCCACCUCAGGAAAUGAUAAGGAAUCAAAGGACUCCAAAGACCCCAAGGACACGAAGGACUCGGGGAGGGACCACCCGGAGGAGCGCGGCGAGAAGGGCGGGGUGGUGCGUCACCCUGACAACCCUCUGGACAUAGCAGUGACACGUCUGGCCGAUUUGGAGCGCAACAUCGAGAGAAGGUACCUGAGGAGCCCCUUAGGUACCACCAUUCAGAUCAGGCUGGAUAAUGUGGGUACGGUCACAGUCCCUGCCCCCGCCCCAUCCACUAGUGCUGACAGGGAAGGUGGUGAGGAGGAGGUGGCGCAUGGGAUGAAGGUCUGGAGGAAGGCUCUCACUGAGGUCCGCAGUGCUGCACAGUUGGCCAUGUGCAUCCAGCAGCUGCAGAAGUCCAUUGCCUGGGAGCGAUCCAUCAUGAAAGUGUACUGUCAGAUCUGUAAGAAGGGCGAUAAUGAGGACCUCUUGCUGCUGUGCGACGGCUGUGACAAGGGCUGCCACACCUACUACAAACCCAAAAUCACCACUAUCCCAGAAGGGGACUGGUACUGCCCCGCAUGCAUAUCGAAGGCAAGCAGUCCCACACCUAAAAACAAAAAGCCUCAAAGCAAACCUGUAGCAUCCACUGGCGGUAACAAAAAGGCAGGCAAAAAGAACGGCAAGCAGACUGGGAAUGGUGAGGUGUCCGAAGAUGACACGACCAGCGCCAACAGUACUCCGAAAAAGGCAGCGAAAGACAACACCAGGAAGAGGAAGUCUGAGACAGAGAGCUCCCCUGUCCCGCCAGCAGCCAGUCAGGAGAGCCCUGCUAGUGUCAAACGGGCCAAGACUGCCAGGGACAACAACCGAGACCUGGGGCUGUGCAGGGUGCUUCUUGCAGAGUUGGAGAGGCAUCAGGAUGCGUGGCCCUUCCUCACUCCGGUCAACCUAAAAUCAGUCCCUGGCUACAAGAAGGUCAUCAAGAAACCCAUGGACUUUUCUACAAUAAGAGAAAAAGCUUGUUAGUAGCCAAUAUCAGAACUUGGAGACUUUAUCAUUGACGUCAACCUGGUGUUUGAUAACUGCGAAAAAUUCAAUGAAGACAAUUCAGACAUCGGUCGAGCUGGUCAUAACAUGAGGAAGUUUUUUGAGAAGCGUUGGACUGAGCUUCUCAAACAAACAAACUAAGACUUUAUUAAAAUAAAUCCGGUUUUAUGUUUCAAAAUGGAGCACCAGGUUGUAUGUUAUUUCAUUUGUGGAGCAUGUGGCUUUGCAGGUCGGAAAUAGUCAAUUCCUUUGUAAUAAGGAGCCGACGAGUGCUGAGAGAGAGAUGUCACCUUGAAAUAAUAGUUGUUACAGGAGGUGCGCUAGAUUAUUACACAGGGAUGAAAGCCCCAAAGAGUCCCAGAGAAUUGGGGUAUCCUAGUGCAAUACCAUUCCCUGUCUCCGAACACUGCACUGAACCAACCCUCACUCAUUUCCACUACUUGUAAAUAGUCUUUUGUUAUUUAAUCGUAUUAUAGUGAAUGUAUUUAAUUUUGUAAUUAUUUAUGAAUCAAGGUCCACUUCAUUUUCUAUGAAAAGGAAGAAUCAUCUGAACUGAAUUGAAAAGGAAUGUGUCUCUGUGUUUUAUUAUUUUUUAUUUUAGUUUUUUUUUUCUUCCCAAAAAAAGAAAACAAAACAAGCCCAAGGAAAAAAAACUGUUUAACACUGUCAGUGCUUUGGGGUGUCCGAAAAACUGUACUCAUUUGCUCACAAACUGUAAAAUUGCAUUUAUUUACAGGAACUGCAGAGGAACCAAUAGACAAUGGUGAUUCAUGUGUAUAUACUGUUUAUUAAUGUCAAUAUUAUGUCUUGUUUGGAACAAUGUGUACAAAUUGUUUAAGAAUAUUAAGAUAUUGUUUAUGCCUUAGAAUGAUUGUAGCAUUCUAUUUUAGUGACCGUGAUGGAAGCAUUAUCAUAAAUAUUGUUUGUACAGUAUAUACAUAUCCUCUGCAAACACUGUGGUAUCCUUAAUCUUGGUAGUGCCUACCCUUCCAACAGGGGCAUGUAGGGGAUGUUUUUGUUUUAGUUUUCAUUCUUACGACCAUUUUAUUUUUGAUAUAAUUUCAAUCCAACAAGGCCUCCAAAGUUGGAUGGUGACACAGAAAUCAUUCCUCACCAUAGCAGAAAAAAGGAACAAGCGAUAGGUUUGGCUUCCACUGCAUCUCCUCAUUGUCUGCCACAAUACUGAGGACCUAAGGCCAUUUGUAACCACUGUGUUGAACCUUGCUGUGUGUUGUGGCCUGAUGGAGGCAGCUAGAUUUUUUUGUACCCAAGUCAAAAGUACUUGAAGUUACUUUAUUUAAGAUAUUGUGGAAUAAAAGUAUCAUUCUUUUGUAGGAGCUUUAUUUUUCACUAGUGUGUGGCACGGACCUAUUAAAAGGAUGUUUUUCAACGUAAA